GUUUUUUGCAUUUGUCCUAAUGUUCAAACACAAAGCACUCAAUGUAGUAGUUGUUGUAUUUUGUUAUUAGAGUUUUGACUUCCCAUCCCAAAGCCCUUCACCCUCCGAACAAAACAUUAGCUAUCCUCCAAAAAAAAAAAACCCAACUUUGUCAAAUGUUCUUCUUUUCCACAAUCUUCAAGCUCUCAUCUUUUAAUCCUUUCACUUUUCAAUUUUCUAUUUUUACCCUCUCUUCUCUUGCUCAACUCACACUCUUAUUAUGCCUUUGAGUUGAUGGGCCCUAAAUUCCACUGAAUUUUCAUUCUUAGAAUCAAAAGAGUAUCUUUACCUCUUUCAGUGCUUACCCUUUGUUCCCAAUUUCCUGCUGUAUCGCAUUUAAGGUUUUUUUUAUUUUUUUUUUAUUUUUUUUUACCUUUUUUUAACUCUGAAGAUAAGAUUUAGGGCAUUUCAUUUUUUGGCAAUUUUCAAUUUGGAGUUUUUAUUUGAUUCCCCACAUGGGUUUUCUAUAUGAGAAUUGAUUCUCUAAAAUUUUGUAUUGGGUAUGGUGUUUGGGGGAUAAAGACUUGAUUUUUGAGUUUUUUUUGUUUUGCUUGAAUCAUUGCAUCAAAGGAAGAUGGAUAGAGUUCUUCAACCACCUUUGGUUGAUACUACUGCAUGUUUAUGUAGAGUAGAUACAGGCCUGAGAACUGUUGCUGGAGCAAAGAAGUAUGUUCCUGGAACAAAGCUCUGUCUUCGGCCUGACAUUAAACAUUCCAUCCACCCGACUAGAAACAAGCCAGCACGUGGUGACAGAAGCCGCAAUCAAUCGCCACUACUUCCAGGUCUCCCCGAUGAUCUUGCUAUUGCUUGCCUAAUCCGAGUCCCACGGGUUGAACACCGUAAACUUCGGCUAGUCUGCAAAAGAUGGUAUAGGCUUUUGAUUGGUAACUUUUUUUACUCUUUACGCAAGAGUCUUAGACUUGCAGAAGAGUGGAUAUAUGUCAUUAAGAGAGAUCGAGACGGGAAAAUCUCAUGGCAUGCUUUUGAUCCUGUAUACCAACAAUGGCAGCCCCUGCCUCCUGUUCCUAAGGAAUAUUCUGGAGCUCUUGGUUUUGGAUGUGCUGUUUUAAAUGGCUGUCACCUAUACUUGUUUGGUGGGAAGGACCCGCUAAAGGGGUCCAUGAGACGUGUCAUUUUUUAUAGUACUAGAACAAAUAAAUGGCACCGUGCCCCAGACAUGCUUCGUAGGCGGCACUUCUUUGGCUCCUGUGUUAUAAACAAUUGUCUGUAUGUGGCUGGUGGGGAGAAUGAAGGUGUGCAUCGUUCUUUGAGAUCAGCUGAAGUUUAUGAUCCCAACAAAAAUCGGUGGUCAUUUAUUUCAGAUAUGAGCACUGCUAUGGUUCCUUUCAUUGGAGUUGUCUAUGAUGGGAAGUGGUUUCUGAAGGGACUUGGUUCUCAUCGACAAGUUCUGAGCGAGGUCUAUCAGCUAGCAAAUGAUAGUUGGUGCCCUGUUCAAAAUGGAAUGAUUUCUGGCUGGAGGAACCCUAGCACAACCCUUAAUGGAAAGCUUUAUGCUUUAGAGUGCAAGGAUGGCUGCAAACUUAGGGUUUACGAUGACGCUACUGAUUCAUGGAGCAAGCAUAUUGACAGCAAAAUGCAUUUGGGGAGCUCACGGGCCUUGGAGGCUGCUGCCCUCGUCCCCCUCAAUGGGAAACUCUGUAUUAUCCGAAAUAAUAUGAGCAUUUCUCUGGUUGAUGUUUCUAAACUUGAAGAUUUGAAAGGAUCUUCCGCUGAACAGUUAUGGGAAACUAUUGCAGGGAAAGGACAGUUCAAGACGUUGUUCACAAAUCUGUUGUCUAGCCUUGCUGGUAGAAACCGACUCAAAACUCACAUAGUUCACUGUCAGGUUCUUCAAGCUUAAAGGUUGUGUAUAGUGCUGAAAAAUUGAUGAGGAAUUUCGUCACGAGUUAAAAACAUAUCUCGAUUUGAUACAUGUUUAUGAAAAGGUGGGCCAAAUCUUACAAGAACACUAUAGUGCAGUUCAAUGUCACGUUCCAUCUCAAACCCUUGCACAAGAGGUGAUAUAUAGAUGACAUGUUUAUUAAUCUUAUAGCGCUACAGAUAUUGAUACACAACUGUUGCAUUUUGAAGAUUUAGUAGGCUGGUUACCAUGUUUCAUGGUUUUUUAAUUGCCUUUUGUUUUAUUUUGCUGCAAACAAUGUAUAACACAAGAAGACUUGGAGUCAGCUUGGUAUUCUCAUAAAAUUGAGGGUGAAAAAUUCAAGAACAGGUUUUGAAUAUAAAUUUUCAUGUGAAACUCAUCUCUGAAUUUUUCACCCUCAUUUUCUGCAGUGACUACCGACUGUUUCAUCAACUCUAAAUAUUUAUAAGUCUUGCAUUGCAGAUUCUUAUACGUGUACAAGUUGUUUGGCUUUAUGUUUUGUCCUGUAUGAUCAAACGCUAGUCUGUUUGGAUUAAAUAUUGCACCCCUCAAAGUUUAGUUUCGAGUGUU